AGAAGACUCGAGCUUGCGAUCAGUGCUCUAGGUCAAGCCCAAGCUCGACAAGAUGAUGCACAUGACCUUCUACUGGAGCAAAAAUGCCACGAUUCUCUUCGAUGGCUGGAUCACAAAGACAUGGCUGGGCUACAUUCUCUCCCUCGCGGCGCUCUUCCUGGCGGCCCUCUUCAACGAGUAUGUCGUCUCCCGCAGGAUCUUGCUCAUCCAGGCGUCGAAAUCGCCAGGUGGGUUGCGCAAGCCCCUGAUGGGCGAUUGCACGGAGCCUCCCCCGAGCUCCAUCGAUGGAUGGUUGCACCGGGCGGUGGAAUCCAUCCUGUUUGUGGUGAAUUCGGCCCUUGGGUUGCUGCUCAUGCUCGCCGCCAUGUCCUUCAAUGGGGGCGUGUUUGUGAGCAUCGUGGUGGGAUUGGGCGUGGGCUACUUUGUGUUCCGUUCUGGGGAUCGAAUUGGCAGUGGCGCCGCUGGUCGAGAGGCCAAGAUCCGGGAGGAGGCAUGCGAUACUUCGUGUUGUACUUGAAUGCUAUUCGUACGCGAAUAUCCUUUGUACUAAAUAAGAACAUACUUUUAGAUUUAGGGUUAGAGGGAAGUUCAAAUUACAUUUUUCCAGUUCGAGAACUUUGCUGCUCACUUGUUUGCUUGCAGGUUAACGUUGUUGCACUGUAUUUGCAAUCGAAAGGAGAGCUCUGGAUGACACUGGUUAGAUUCACUGUCACAAGAGUCGCGAUGAGGAGAUAUUCAAACAGGUACCUUCACUCGUGAUUUCAUGAUCUACCGUUUGAAUAUCACUCCAGAUGGCGAUGAAAUAAACCCCGUAAGCUCACUUAUUCGAGAUCUUUCAGAUUUAUGAGUUCUAGGAUGGUGUCCUGGAAAUAUGCACGACGGAGGAAACGCAUUCUUAUGGCAUCAAGUUCGUGUGCUUUCCAUGAUUGGCUGUGGCGCUGCAACUCGAUUAUUUCCAAUGACGCAAAAUUGUGUCAAGGUUUUGUCCUGCGCUCGGCUUUGGACAGUUGGUGUACCAUUAUCCUGUUCCUUGGGCCGUAAAAGCCUAAGGUUGAUCCUAAUGGCAACAUAAGAGAAUAAAUUUGGAUUAUAAA